AUGCGUCUGCUCAGAAGUUUUCUGGCAAUCGUGCCCAUCUCGGCGGCACUUGCAAGCCCCAGCCCCAAUGCAGCAGUUAAGGUGGAUGGCAAUGUCUGCACGGUAAGCGCAUUGGGUAACAAGAGAGACGACGUGCCGAAUAUCCUGGAAGCCUUUCGACGCUGUGGGAACGGCGGAACAGUAGUCUUCCCCGAGGACCAGAACUACUGGAUUGCGACGAGAUUGAACCCCGUCAUAAACAAUGUAGUGAUUCAGUGGCAUGGCAUAUGGACGUUCUCCGACGACCUCAACUACUGGCGCAACAACUCCUACCCAAUUGCCUUCCAGAACCACCACGCCGGCUUCGUCAUCACGGGGCAGAACAUCACCAUCGAAGGGUACGGGACGGGAGGAAUCAACGGCAACGGGAAUGCCUGGUACAACGUAGAGAAGGGCGUCACGCAGCCGGGCCGGCCGAUGCCCUUCGUCUUCUGGAACGUGUCCGACGUCGUCGUGGAGGACUUCUUCGUCAAGGAUCCUCCGCUGUGGAGUCUGAACAUCAUGAACGGGACGAACAUGCGCUUCAACAAUAUCCACAACAACGCUACGGCGGUGAAUGCGCCGUACGGGCAGAAUUGGGUUCAGAAUACCGAUGGGUUUGACACGAUGGAUGCUUACAACAUCGAGCUCACCAACCUCGUCUACCAAGGCGGCGAUGACUGCAUUGCCAUCAAGCCGCGGUCCUACAACAUCUACGUCCGCAACGUGACCUGUGUGGGCGGAAACGGCAUUGCCAUUGGCAGUCUGGGGCAGUACCUGGAGGACUCGUCUGUUGAGAAUGUGGUCGUGGACAAUGUGACGAUCAUCCGCCACAACGACGACAUGACCAACAGCGCAUACAUCAAGACAUGGACCGGGGUCCUCACGCCGCAGAGCUCGUAUGAGAGCGCCGGCCUCCCCCGUGGCGGCGGCUGGGGAAGCGUCACCAACAUCCUGUUCUCGAACUUCAACGUGCAGGGCGCUGACUCCGGCCCAGCCAUCUCGGAGGACAGCGGCGACAACGGCACGUCGCCGGGGACGAGCAAGAUGCUGAUCAGCAACAUUGCCUUCGUCAACUUUACGGGGUACACCAGCAACCCGAAAAAGUCGAACGUGACGUCGACGAUCUCGUGCUCGAAUGUGCAUCCGUGCUACAACAUCGAUUUCCAGAAUGUGAACAUCACUCCGGGCCAGAACGGGACGGGUCCCGGCUUGGGGUCUUGUAAAUACACUGCUCCAGGAGGUGUCCAUGGGUUGCCAGGAUGCUAG